GGAGCUGUGGCGGCUGGGCAGCGGUGUGUCUGCAGCACCCAGUUUUUGCGUGGCCAGCCCUUAGCACGCCUCGGCUCUGUCUCCUCCCCCCUCCGCACAGCGAAGCCAACUCUGCGCACUUUGCCCCUGUUGGCAGCGAAUAAAAGGGUCUGAGGAAAUACGGGACACGGUCACCCACUGCCAGCUCUAGCCUUUAAAUACCCAGCCUGGAGAUCCACGCACAGCUAGUCGGUUCGGGACACCCAUCCAGUGCGCACCGCGCUAGAAGGGUUCCCAGCGCAGCCCUGCUCAUCGCCGCGCAAAGGCGGGCUCCGCUACCGAAGUCUCCCCGCUGUUCGAGCUGUCCCGAACUCCGCUCCACAGACUCAGCCCUGGGAAAGUGAUUCCGGCACCAGAGAACCCAGAUGCCAGCCCACUUGCUGCAAGAGGAGAUGUCUAGCUCCUACACCACCACCACCACCAUCACAGCACCUCCCUCCAGGAUCCUGCCGAAUGGAGAAGGCAAGUUAGAAAAGACAGCCCUACACUUGGACGAAGAGAUCCGCCCUGAAAUAAAAGAUGACAUCUAUGACCCAACCUACAAAGAUAAGGAAGGCCCAAAGCCCAAGACUGAGUAUGUUUGGAGGAAUAUCAUCCUGAUGUUUCUGCUACACUUGGGAGCCCUGUAUGGGAUCGCCUUGGUCCCCACCUCCCAGGUCUACACCUGGCUCUGGGCGUUUUUCUACUAUGUGGUCAGUGCCCUGGGCAUAACAGCCGGAGCUCAUCGCCUGUGGAGUCACCGAACUUACAAAGCGCGGCUGCCUCUGCGGUUCUUCCUGAUUGUUGCCAACACAAUGGCAUUCCAGAAUGAUGUGUACGAAUGGUCCCGAGAUCACCGUGUCCACCAUAAGUUUUCAGAAACAGAUGCGGAUCCCCACAAUGCCCGGCGAGGCUUCUUCUUCUCUCACGUGGGUUGGCUGCUUGUGCGCAAACACCCAGCUGUCAAAGAGAAGGGUGCUUUGCUAGACUUGUCUGACCUAAAAGCCGAGAAGCUGGUGAUGUUCCAGAGGAGGUAUUACAAGCCUGCUGUCCUGCUCAUGUGCUUCAUCCUGCCCACAUUUGUGCCCUGGUAUUUCUGGGGUGAAACUUUUCAACACAGCUUGUACGUUGCCACUUUCUUACGUUACGCCAUGGUGCUCAAUGCCACCUGGCUGGUGAACAGCGCUGCCCACCUCUACGGACAUCGCCCUUAUGACAAGACCAUUAACCCCCGAGAGAAUGUCCUGGUUUCACUGGGAGCUAUCGGUGAGGGCUUCCACAAUUACCACCACUCCUUUCCCUAUGACUACUCCACCAGUGAGUACCGCUGGCACAUCAACUUAACCACAUUCUUCAUCGAUUGCAUGGCUGCUCUGGGUCUGGCUUACGACCGGAAGAAAGUAUCCAAGGAGGCCAUCUUGGCCAGGGCUAAAAGAACUGGAGACGGAAGCUACAAGAGUGGCUGAAUUUUGGGUCCCUUGGGUUCUUUUUCCAAAAGCCAGCCAGGCAGAGGUUUUUUGUUCUGUUUAUUAACUACUGAAUAAUGCUAUCAGGAUGCUAAAGAUGGUGACGUUAACCUAUUCCAGUACAGUAUUCUUUUAAAAUGCAAAAGUAUUGAAAGCCAACAACUCUGCCUUCAUGAUGCUAAGCCGAUACGCUUAUUUUUUCUCUUCUCUUCUCUGUCUUCUAAACCCAUUGUCCUUUUCUUUGCUUUGUUGCUAUCACCUUCCUGUCUCUUCCUCUUCAUUGCCUCCCAGGCAAAAAGCUGGUGAGUCAUUGGUGGGUGUCCAGCUUCUGAAGCCUAGACAACCUUUUCUAUCAUCCAAAACUAAUGGGUUUUGCCCCAGAUAACUUUCCUUGAGCUGGCCUGAGUAGGUGGGUCAAGCUAUAGAGAUGAUAAAAUCUUCUGGGAAGUCCUCUGUUAAUUAUCUUCAGUCCAGGUUUUUGCUAGAUAGAAUGGAAAAACAACUUCCUAUGGCACAAAGCUUCUAAAGCAGGUAAAUUGUCAGAGGAGAGAGCAUGCAUGAUAUGAUAAGUAAGGAUGGGGUGAGGUGGGAAAAAAAGUGAGAAGAAGCUCCUGCUGUGAUCGGACACACAGCUGCCUGCUUAGGGACAACAUCAAGCCCCCCAACACAGCAUGUUUUCUUUCUCUCUUACCUCUGAGUAGGGAAUGGCCGUGGAGCUUGGCAAGACUAGAACACAAAAGCAAAUCUCAGUGUCCCAACAGAGUUUAGGCUGGAGAUAAAGAAGAAACAUUUAGUUUGUAGUAAAAGUGGUCUUUGCUGGAGAAGGAUUUUUGUUUUCUUUAAUAAAAAGGAGAUUUCUUAUUUCAUAUAACCAGAAGUCUUGAGGUUGGUUUUUGCCAAAAUCAGUGAAUCCAGCAGCUCACAGAAUUGUCAAAAUUCUUUCGUCUUUCUGCUCUGCCAUCUGACCAUCACCUCCCUUCGUAGUAAUAAGGUGGCUACAGUAUUUCCAGACAUCCAAAAAAAGGAAGGCAUUGGUGGUAUAGUGGUGAGCGUUCCAAAAAAAGAAAGGGUUUUCGGAGGUAGAGUUGGGUCAAACAUAAAAAUAUAUAUACAGAUAAACUUUGCUUGGAAUAUUAAUUCACUUAGAGUAUUUCUCUCUGAAAGAGGGAUGCUUGAAGAAAAGGGGGAGUUAGGUGGGUUGUCUUCUUUCCCCUCACUGCUGGACAAGAGAUGGAGAGGCUGAGGAACAGGGUCUGUAUCUCUUCCUAAGAGAGAACUACAGAAGAGGGACGUCAAGAACACAUUGCUUGGGGAUUUGGAUUCAGAAGAUUACUGAGUAAGUUAUUGGGUGUCCUAAUAUGAAGCUGGUUAUUCAAACAAGUUAGAUGUUGGGUUCAUUCACUAAGUCCCGUUUCUCCCGGGAACGAGUAAAAACUAGAGGCUGCUCCCCAAAGUGUCGGACUCUCUCUCAUUCCUUCUCUGUUAACAUCUCGCCUAAAGUAUAGCUCUGCCUGAGAGCAGGUAGGGGUUUGCUUAACUACCCUGAUUAUCGAAUCCUGGCUCUACCCUCUGUCCAUUCUCUCCCUGGUCAUAUCUCUUCCCUGAUGUUUUCUUUUUUCUCUGGACAGGCAGCCUCCUUUGUGUGUAUUCAGAAGCAGUGAUGGCUAUUGCUGUCCAGGCAGCUCCCUCUCCUGCAGACAGAAUGCUCAGGGUCACUGAACCACUGUUUCUCUUUAUAAAAGUCGAGCUAGCUGCCACUUUUCACUUGGCCUCCAGAGUCCCUCCACCUACACCCCUGUGCUCCCCUGCCACGCUGAUGACUCAAGACAAGGCUGGCAAACCCUACUAGAAACAUCCCUGGCUCAGGCACUCUCUCUCAUGAGGCACAGCCAAGCCAAAUACUUGCAUCAUGCCAGUGAGCCAGCCAGGAGCAAAAGAGAGUUUGUUUUCAGGCUCCUCUGUCUGGGUCAGAACCAGAGAGCAUGCUAGACUCCCCCUGCUUGCUCAGUCACCCUGCCCAGCUUUAUUCCGUGCUCCCAGCUGACAGUACAGGGCUGGUAGAAGUAGGAGGGAGCCUAGUCUUCGCUGGGAAGCACAAGAAGCAAAGGCAAGUUCCAAAGUGCCUCACUCGAAAGGAGACCUGGUUUGUUCCCUGGAGUCAGGGUACACUGCAAAGCUUUGGCUGAGAUGCCAUGAACUUUGCUGAACAGCGUCUCUGUCCAGCAAACUAACCAGCAUUCCCCACAACACAGCCUAGGGUAGACACUAGUACAGAACGGGGGAAAAAACAACAUCUGUGUUCUGAGAACCUGGGACCACUCCUGUCCCUGUACCUCAGUCAAUGAAGAAGCCUGGCUUUGCUCCAUCAAGAUUAGAAAUGUACAAUACCAAAUGCUCCGUCCACUGUUGAGCCCAAUGGUGGAAGGGCAGAGGGCUUUCCUUCCUGUAUUAACUGCAUAGAUAGAGGCUACAGGGGUAAGCCUGCACGAAAGGCAUCUUUGCCUUUUGAGCCAUUCCUCUCAGUAGAAAAGAAUCUAACGGAAGAUCACUGGAGUUUGGAUCUGCUGACCUGUCCCUUGGAAAUGUCGGUUGGAUAGUUUUAAUUUCACAGGUCAUCAGAUGCCUGCUUUAUAAUGUAUGAUCAAAAACAACUUUAUCUUUCUAUUCUAAUCAUUUUCCAUGGAUCUGAUCCACACCGUGACUCUACACAAGGCUGGGGCUUCAGGCUGAGAGCCCCAGUGUAUAUGAAGAUGUGUAUGUGGUGGUGGUGGUGGUGGGGGGGUGUCUGCUGAAUAAGGAACACUUUUCAACAUUCUAAAGCUGAAUUCAAAGGGUGCAUUAAUGAUCCAGAGACUCAGAUCUGAUCGAGUCUGACUUUCUAACCAGUCUGUGCUUUGGGGGUGUGCUGACAACUUAUUUGGGUGCCUUACAUCUUUUCUAAUCAGUGUUGCAAAUGAGCCUGCUCUCACUCCCUCCUCACUCUGUGGAGUUCCUUUGUACCUGAAAGCCUGCAGAAGUGGCUGGUGGAAAAGGGGGCCUGGCUGGAGAAUUAUCAGGACAGUUAUUUGCAGGAUUCCCUUCUGGACUUCAUUUUGGAAACUUCUUAGGGCUGUGUUUAUUAUUAAGUGCCCAUAUUUGAUGGAGGGUGGAAGUAAUUUGAAUGUAUUUGAUUUGUAAUUUUUUUUUUUUUUUAGAUUAAAAGAUGGUUGUAACAUUUAAAGUGGAAACUUUUUCUCCUUGGUUUGCUAGUAUCCUGAGUGUAUUCUCUGUAUGUGUAGCUCAAAUGGGUCAGCAAGAAAAGUUAAAGAAGGCAAGACGUCAACGUUACGCGGGUGGUUAAGGCCAAGGCUUCUCUUACCACUGUGCCACUGACCUGUUAAUGUGACCCUGGGCAAGUCACUUAAGUAUAAUGUGCCUCAGUUUUCCUUCUGUUAAAAUGGGAAUAAUAAUACUGACCUACCUCAAAGGGCAGUUUUGAGGCGUGACUAAUGCUUUUGAUAAAGCAUUUUGGGAUCCUUCAGCAGAGGAAUUCUCUUGAGUCCCGAAUAUUUUUAUAGUAGCAGUACCCACCAUGAACACCUCUCCUAGAUGCUAUCGUUUAAUCUAUAUGGUUCUCUCUGAGGGAUUGAAUAAAUCCAUUGGAUAAGUGGUGAAUAACUAACCAGACAAAAUUUGAGAAUGCAUAAACUCAUUGCCAUGGAAACACACACAGGAUACCUGUUCCUUGAUUGGAUGGGAUUUUUCCUUUUUUAUGUGGGAUAAUAGUUAUUUGUGACCUAUGAAUAAUUUUGGAAUAAUUUCUAUUAACAAUUCUGAAGCUAGUUGUACUGAUCUGAGAUUGUGUUUGUUCAUAAUAAAAGUGAAGUGAAUAUGA